GAAGAUAUGAAAGAAUACACACUCCUCCUCUUCUUGGCUUUGUGCUCGGCCAAACCUCUCAUUGGUCCUUCAUAUUUUACACUAAAAAAUAUGAUGCUCCAAGAUAUGGAAGAAGAUGAUGAUGAUGACGAUGACAACAAUUCUCUAUUCCCAACCACUGAACCAAUUAUACCACUGAUUCCUUUUGAUUUAUUCCCAGUAUGCCCCUUUGGAUGCCAGUGCUAUGUGAGAGUUGUCCACUGCUCUGACCUAGGUUUGACAUCAAUACCUCGCAACAUUCCACUAGAUACACGUAUGAUUGACCUUCAAAACAACAAAAUUAAAGAGGUCAAGGAAAACGACCUCCAAGGACUCACAUCGCUUUAUGCACUGGCUUUGAACAACAAUAAAAUAAUCAAGAUCCAUCCAAAAGCCUUUCAACCAACAAAGAAGCUACGACGACUGUAUUUAUCUCAUAACCAGCUAACUGAGAUUCCAACAAAUCUACCAAAUACUUUAGCAGAGCUCAGAAUCCAUGCUAAUAAGGUUAAGAAAAUCCACAAGGAUGCAUUUAAAGGAAUGAAGUCUCUACAUGUUUUAGAAAUGAGUGCAAAUCCUCUUAACAACGAUGGAAUAGAGCCAGGGGCUUUCGAAGGAGUAAAUAUCUAUCAUAUAAGAAUUGCAGAAGCGAAAUUAACUUCAAUUCCUAAAGAACUGCCCUCCAGUCUACUAGAACUUCAUUUAGAUGACAAUAAGAUCACAGCAAUCGAAGUUGAAGAUUUUAACCGGUAUAAAGAUCUUCAAAGGCUUGGUCUUGGGAAUAAUAAAAUCAAAGACGUGGAAAAUGGAAGUUUUGCCAACAUACCAAGCAUACGUGAAAUCCAUCUUGAAAAAAAUAAGCUCAAGAAAGUUCCUCCUGGAUUACCUGAACUGAAAUAUCUACAGGUAGUCUUCCUCCAUUCUAAUCAUAUUGCAAAACUGGGAGUGAAUGAUUUCUGUCCAACAGGAAGAAGAAAGAAGAAAGCAUUAUACAGUGGCAUAAGCCUCUUCAAUAAUCCUGUAAAGUACUGGGAGGUUCAGCCUUCAACUUUCCGUUGCAUUCUAGCCAGAAACAGUGUGCAACUCGGGAAUUUCCUCAAGUGAUAGCGAAGUUGGUCAUUUCCU